GAGAGUUUACUGCACGAGCUGGCUGCUGGUAGCGUGGAGGUGAAAUUAGACACUAAGAGAGGAGGUCGCUGUAGUAGGUUUUUUUUUCUCUCUCUCUAAAGUUAUUAAAAGUCCCAAAGAACCAAACAAGGGCUUGUCGCGUUUAUUGAAGCUAACUACACACUCGGAGGAAACUGUUAAAUGAUAUGAAACUGUUAAAUAUCGCGGGAAAAAGCUUCUGACUCGGGCUCGCUGGCUUCUGCAUGGUCCUAGGCUAGCUAACAGUUAGCUGCAGCAGCUUCUUGGCUAGCGGGCUAGCGAGGUCCAGCCCAAAUUUUGUUUGCCUCGAGUGGAUGUGGUCACCCCCCGAGCUGUUCACGACUUUUCUCUUUGCACGUAAAACAAGAACCAAGACUCCACACUGGCUUUGACACCGUGCGCUGUCAGGAAACCAGCAGGAUGUCCACCGAGGUUGAGUGUAGCCAGGUUGACUCGGGUUUGACAGCGAGCAGCUCCAGCGGGGUGCAGGACAAAAACCAAAACAAGUCGGAGGGAGCUCACAUGCACAAAGAACAAGAAGAGCCGGGGCAAAGGGGCACGGAGAAGCAGCAAGCGGACGACCACAAGCAAGAGUCGACCAAGAGCCAAGCGGACACACAUAAGAAAAGCAAAGAAAACGAUAAAGAAAACGAACAGAGCGGUAACGCUGACUCGGCUGUCGAGGCGGUGAAGAAGAAAGUUGUAGAAGCCCCUCCGCCGAAAGUCAACCCGUGGACUAACAGAACCACGGGCAGAGUGCCGGUCAACAACAUCAACUCCGGGUCCCAGGAGACAGAUCAACAAAACGCUCUGAAAGUGGUCCGAGCCAGCAAGCCCAGAGUGAGAAAACCCAGCAAGUCCAGUGACUUCAGCGAUAUCACAAACUGGCCCACACCAGGAGAACUCGCUAAAGAGCAGCAGCAAACUGUCCUCGGCAACAACGGGAAGAAGCCUUCCUCCCGCAGAGAAAGGGACAAGAGAAGAGAGCGACCGGACAGGAAAUCAGAGAGCAGCCAUGAUGGAGGCGAGAGCAAGGAGAACCAGGAGGCUCAUGUGGAUCCAAUGGAGGAACCAUCUAAAGAAGGAGAACCAAUACCAGGACAGGAUUCAAAGAGCUCCAGCCUGAAGAAGAGAGGAGGUGAGGGUAACAAACGUAAGUGGGUUUCUCUGCCGCUGGAGGAAGUCUCCCGGGACGAUGCCGACAAGACAUCCGGCGGGUUCCCAGCCCAGUCGGACACUUCGCCCAUCAGCGACUCGUCCAACCCCACGUCGCCCAAUCAAAGGGUUCAUGAUAACAGGGCGCAUUAUGACAGCCGGAGUUGGAGAGCCGAGCCUCGGGACCACGGAGACGACACCGGCAGCAUUCGGAGCGACGGCGGGACUGGUCGCGGAGGAAUACGAGGCAGGGGGAAAGGUCGCGGGCGUGGCAGAGGUCGUGGACGAGGUCGGUACGAAUACUCUCUGAACUAUAGAGACGCUCGCUCAUCUGACGGUUCCGUUCAGGUGCCCACAGAGUUCGGUACCAACAUGGUUUACUACUAUGACGACGGCAACAAGGUCCAAAUGUAUACAGUGGAUGAAAAGCUUCUCAAAGAAUACAUCAAGCGGCAAAUUGAAUACUACUUCAGCAGCCACAACCUGGAGCGGGAUUUCUUCCUAAGGAGAAAAAUGGACACGCAUGGUUUCCUCCCUAUUUCACUCAUUGCAAGUUUCCACAGAGUGCAGGCUCUUACGACUGACGUCAGCCUCAUCAUGGAGGCUCUAAAAAGCAGCACUGAAGUGGAGCUGGUGGACGAGAAGAUACGCUGUAAAACGGAGCCGGAGCGCUGGCCAAUCCCCACCCCGCCCGUCGUGGGUUCGCCCCGCACCGACUUCUCCCAGCUUAUCAACUGCCCUGAGUUUGUUCCUCGACAGAACCUGAACACCAUCAGUGCUGCUACAUUGCCUGUAAAGGAGCCUCUGAUUGGCCCGGCUGAACCCAGCUUGUCCAAUCAGGACUCUCUCCCGACCGCAGACGACUCCAAAGACGGCCCUGCGUCUGAGCCCAAACCCAACCUGGACGCCUGGAUCCAGGUGGAGAAACGCCACCGUCAGACCUCCGGAAAAUCAAAGCAUGACRGCGAUGAUGUGUGUGCUGCUGGCCCAUCUCCUCCCUUAGAGCCUGAACCCGACCUCCUCUCCUCUGCAGGGGAACCCAAGGCCCCCCUUGCUCAGAGCAGCCAGCCGCCKCCUCAGGCCGAACCAGACCAGGAGGAGCUGGACUUCAUGUUCGACGAGGAGAUGGAGCAGAUGGCGCCCAGGAAGAACAAAUUCACCGACUGGUCGGACGAAGACGACUCGGACUACGAGCUGGACGACCAAGAUGUCAACAAGAUCCUCAUCGUCACCCAGACCCCGCCGUACCUCCGCAAACACCCCGGCGGUGAUCGCACGGGAAACCACGAGUCCCGGGCCAAGAUCACAGCCGAUCUGGCCAAGGCCAUCAACGACGGGCUGUAYUACUAUGAACAGGACCUGUGGAAGGGAGAGGAGCAGAUCGAAUGCAGCAAGCAGGAUGUGGAGAACUUCAAGAAGUUAAACGUCAUCAGUAAAGACGAGUUUGACACCCUCACUCCCAAAGUUCCCGUUGACCCRAACCAGGAAGUCCCUCCUCCUCCCAUGACAGGUGAGUUUGUGGAGCUGCACUGUAAACCACUGUUUGUCGUUGCCUACGGUUACAUGAAUCUUUUCUGCCGGCGGGUCCACAGCAGCUCCAACGCUUCUCCAUCAGAAGGUGCUCCGCUGACGGGAAGCUACGGCUGCACUCCCCAGUCUCUGCCCAAGUUCUGGCAUCCAUCCCACGAGCUGCUGAGAGACAACGGCUUCACCCAGCAGGGAUACCACAAGUACCGCCGAAGGUGCCUUAACGAGAGGAAACGGUUGGGGGUCGGCCAGUCUCAGGAGAUGAACACUCUGUUCAGGUUUUGGUCCUUCUUUCUCAGGGACAACUUCAACAGAAAGAUGUACGAGGAGUUCAAACAGUUUGCACUUGAAGAUGCCAAAGAAAAUUACAGGUAUGGAUUGGAAUGCCUCUUCAGAUACUACAGCUACGGUUUGGAGAAGAGAUUCAGGUUAGAUCUCUUCAAAGACUUCCAAGAGGAGACCCUGAAAGACUUUGAGAAAGGUCAGCUGUACGGACUGGAGAAGUUCUGGGCCUUCCUGAAGUAUUCCAGGAUAAAGAACCAGCCCAUUGACCCGAAGCUGCAGGAGCACCUCUCAAAGUUCCGAAAACUGGAGGACUUCAGGGUGGUGCCUCCAAUGGGAGAAGAGGGCGGCAGGAGGAGAUAUCCGUCAUCCUCGGCUGGGGAUGAAGGAAGGCGUCGAAGACACCCUUCCAACUCUACCUCAAAACCCGCGCAGGCCUCCAAAUCCGCCAACGUGCCCCCCCAACCGACCGCCGCCUUGUCUUCCGCCUCCACACAUAGCUCGGCCAAAGACAGCACCCAGAAAGCGCCGUCCAACCCCGGCAAAAAACCCGACAGCAGAGCAGCAAAGAAAGACGGAGUUUCCCCCAACAAAUGAAGCUCCUGGCCAGCGGAGAGAAGCGGCAGCCGCUCUCAGGUCACAGCGAACCGCAUGGACGUGAAGCGGCUGAGCGAACGAGCGAGCUUGACUUUAAUUUGAUUGUUUUUAUCGGCGCAUUUCAGUUUUAAAGGAAGCAAACGUAGGCAGUAAGCUUGAAUUUGUUUGCCCGGCGACAGCUUAUAACGUUUACAAAACAAACAAAAAAAAUGCAUUCCCCGCAUUUUGCCUUUUUUCUCUCUCUUUCUCUCAGAUGCCAAACUCCUUUGAGUACAUUGAUCGCUGUAAACCGCUCGGAUCUUUUAAAGAGCUGUUCAACUGUGAUUGUAGGUUGCCAAGAUAAGAGAUACGGCAGAUAGUCUUGUGUGCCUUAAAUCUGAUCCAUCAUGAUGUCAAGAGUGUAUUAGAUUUUUUUUUUUUUUUAAAAGGUCUUCCUUAUUGUUCGGGGUUGGAAGGACUCUAAAAGCAACGCUACUUUACAAGUUCACCAGCCCCGACGUCUACAGUUUCCAUGGUGACAAUCAGGUUGACGGGUGCAGUCAUGAAUUUGAGAAGUACUGACCCUGAGGCUAACAGRUGUUUCUCAGCCUGACUGCUACAUAUCACAACUAAUCUAAACUGUUUUUGUUUUGUUUUGUUUUGUUUUUUUAAUUAAAAAGCUGCAGAAAUUAUCCCAUUAUUUUUCUGGGAAGAUUUAAGUCCCAUUUUACACCCAGAGGUAGCUUAAUUUAUUGUUUUAUUUUUGUUUUUUGUUUUGUUUUUUCCAUUGACUUGAUUGAAUUAAUAGUCUUAGGCGAUCAUUGCAGUUUUUACUUGCUUGUGCAUUGAAUAUAAUACAAAAAAAUAAAAAGAAAUGUUUCUGCUGGAAUUAUGGGUGUGAGCUAGUGUCAUAAAACUACAGCAUAUUUUUAGCUUAAAGUUUACUUCAUAUUAUGUUUGAGGCUUGGUGCUCUAGAGCACUUUAAAUGUUAACUUUCCUUUACUUCAUUGGACAUAAAAGGUUUGAGUUGAAUUUAAACAAAAAAAAUGUAAAUACUAUAAAAAAAAAUCAUUUACUAUUCCAUUAUUCAUUUGAUUCGAAGAAGUGAUUUGUUACCAGUAGUGUGUUUUGAGUGUUUCAGAAUAAAGUGUUGCAUGUUCUUGACUUGUAAAAUGCAAAAAAAAUAUAAAAUAAGUCUGAUUGUA